UGGUGACACCUGUAGGAGGAGGAGAAGAAGGAGGAGGCCUCUCUCCGGUCUCACUGCCUAUAUUGAAAUCUGAAGCCAGUGUGAGGGAAGAUAGGAGUUUGCAGUCACCUCACUGUUUAAAUUGUUGUAGCGCGUGUGACAAAAACACGAAACUUUGCUCUAAAUUAUCGUUUUUCCACCGAACUUCGGACCUGAACGUCCUCAACUUGACAUAGGGCUGCAUGGAUGAUGUGAAUAACACCACAGAGAGCAGAGGGAGUCUGUCUCAGUCGAGUGCCAGGAUGAGGAGUAGACCAGGCACAAGACACAAGACUUCCGCUACUUGUGGGCGAAAGGACCAGCUCUCUCACGCCUCCAUCAGACAACUGCAGGCAAAAAUAGAGGCUGAAAAUCAGCAAGUGCAAGAACUAAUCAAGCCUUUACUGGAUACUGAAAAUGGUUUUAUAAAGGAGUUGGACAACUUCCUGAGCCAGCAAGAUGUAGCAGAGCUAAGGAGGAGGGAGCUGCUCCACAAGCAUUGGACUGAACAUGUGUGGUUUCCCCUCCAGAAGAGAGUGGAGGAACGUGUGUCCACCUGCAGUCCUGUGAAGGUCAAAAGGUGGCAGAGCUUGCACAGUGACUACCAACAUCAUUGUAACUCCAAGAUCAAAACUGUCUGUUUAAAGGACACAUUGAACCUUUAUCCUUGUGAAAGACUGAACGACAAGAAAACACCCCCUUUUUGGAAAACAGAAAACAAAUGCACAUUGAGGAAACCUCAAGAACUUUCUCAGAACUAUAACCCUCUUGAAAAAUGUGGGCCAUCUCAGGUUAACUAUCUUCCAAAAACCUCAUCCAAUCAUCCAGCAUCUACAUCCAUAAAAAUCCCAAGGAAGGAUGAGACCGAACACAGGAAGUCUGGCAGCACACGUUGUUCAGAAUGAUUUUUCUUGAAGACCCCUGUCAUGCAACAACCAAAAAGCCGUGGACUACCUCAUGCUUGGUUUUAACUUCUCACCAUAAACGAUACAUUCUGCCUGAGUCCUGUCUUGUCUUUCAAUAAAACCAAAGUUAAUGUAAUCAUCAACAAAUAGCUUACUUUAUUUAUUUCUUUUUUUAUAGGUAUAAGUCAUCUGCACUGAUGUUUCUUAGAAAUUAAAUUACUCAAAUGGUGCAGGGAAAAUUAAGGUUACCAGGAUAGACUACCCCAUUACUGUAGCUUCACUAGCUCACUGCUCUCACUAAACCACAAAGUACAUGGACCAAAACGGAUUGGAUGCACAAGGUGUGGACUAAUACGGGACUUUUUUUAUUAGUACUUUUGACUGUGGAUAUAUGUUGGAUAUGGAC